AUGUCCUCCAUUGCUCGCUCGAUCCGCCCUUUUGCUUCCCGAGCUUUGGCUCAGAAGCCUUUCACUUGCACCCCCCGUGCUGCUCCUGCUUUCCGCUUCCCGCGGGGAACCCGGAGCUUCUCACAGAGCCCAUUUGUUCGGGUAAAGAAGUAUACCGAGUCGCACGAAUGGAUCGAGCUCGCUGAGGGCAGCAACACCGCCAAGAUCGGCAUCACCAAUUACGCUGCUCACUCUUUGGGUGAUGUCGUCUUCGUGGAGCUUCCUGAAGUCGAUCUGGAGGUCGGCGCGGGUGAGCCCGUGGGAGCUGUCGAGUCCGUCAAGUCAGCCUCCGAUGUUCUCUCUCCUGUGGCUGGAAAGGUCAUCCGUGGCAACACCGUUCUUGAGGACAAUGCGAAGACUAUCAACGCCAGCCCCGAAGGCGAAGGCUGGAUCGCCGAAAUCGAGGUUGCUGAUGUUGCUGCCCUUGAUGCUCUGCUUGAUGAGGCUGCUUACAAUGAGACUCUCGACCAGUAA